GCAGGAGGCUUGGCUCAACAUCCUCCACUUUCCAUCAACUCACUUUUUUCUGACUGAAGUGACAAACAUGGCAAAGGCUGUCUUUUUGGUAGCAUCUUUGUUAUUGUUGGGAAAUGCCAUCUUUAUCCAUGCUGCAUUUCCCCCCAACGUCAUCGUCGAUAUGGCUAAGAUUGUCAUGGACAAUUACUGCUCACCAGAGAAGCUGGCGGGCAUGAAGGAGGCAAUUGAAGCAGCUGGCAGCAACACAGAGGUUCUCAACAUCCCAGAUGGUGAAUCCUUGGCUAAUGUCCUCAGUGCUGGAUUUCAGCUAACAAUCAGUGACCCACGCUUGAUGGUCUCCUAUGAGCCGAACUACAUCCCAGCUGUGCACCCUCAGAUGCCUCCUUUGCCCCCUGAGCAGCUCAUUGCCGUCCUCCAGACCUCAAUCAAGCUUGACAUCCUGGAGGGGAAUAUCGGCUACUUAAGAAUCGAUAAUAUUCUUGGAGAGGAGGUGGCUGAAAAGGUUGGCCCUUUGCUCCUAGACCUGGUAUGGAAUAAAAUCUUGCCAACCUCAGCUCUUAUUUUUGACUUGCGCUACACUGGCAGUGGGGACAUCUCAGGGAUCCCCUAUAUUGUGUCUUACUUUACCGAAGCCGAGCCUCAGAUUCACAUUGACAGCGUGUAUGACCGUCCCUCAGACACCACCACUAAGCUGCUUUCUAUGACCACACUGCUGGGGGAGAGAUAUGGUGUCAUCAAACCCCUCAUUAUACUCACCAGCAAAAACACCAAAGGCAUUGCUGAGGACGUCGCCUACUGCCUUCAGAAUCUGAAGAGGGCCACCAUUGUGGGUGAGAAGACCGCCGGGGGCUCUGUGAAAGUAGAGAAAUUCAAAGUAGGCGACACUGACUUCUACGUUACCAUUCCAACCGCAAAGUCCAUCAAUCCCAUCACUGGCUCCAGCUGGGAGGUUUCAGGUGUGACUCCGGAAGUGGAGGUCAAUGCUGAGGAUGCCCUUGCAACUGCCAUUAAAAUCGUCAACCUCCGUGCCAGUGUUCCAGCAAUCAUCGAGGGAUCGGCAACCCUGAUUGUUGACAACUACGCCUUUGAAGAUGUCGGGGCUGAAGUGGCAGAAAAAUUGAAAGGGCUCCUUGCAAACGGCGAGUACAGCAUGGUUCUCUCCAAGGCCGCUCUGGAGGCCAAGCUGUCUGCUGACCUGAAGACCCUGUCUGGGGACAAGAGCCUGAAGACUACCAGCAACAUCCCAGCCCUGCCCCCCGUGGAUUAUUCUCCAGAGAUGUACAUUGAGUUGAUCAAAGUCUCGUUUCAAACUGACGUUUUUGAAAACAACAUUGGCUACCUGCGUUUCGACAUGUUCGGAGACUUUGAGGAGGUCAAGGCCAUCGCCCAGAUUAUUGUUGAGCAUGUCUGGAACAAAGUGGUCAACACUGAUGCCAUGAUCAUUGACCUCAGGAACAAUGUUGGAGGUCCCACUACAGCCAUCUCAGGGUUCUGCUCUUACUUCUUUGAUGCUGACAAGCAGAUUGUGCUUGACAAGCUGUACGACAGACCAUCCGGCAGCACAACAGAGCUCCUGAGUCUGCCUGAGCUCACUGGCACAAGGUACGGCUCAAAGAAGAGCCUGAUCAUCCUGACCAGUGGAGUGACUGCUGGAGCUGCAGAAGAGUUUGUUUACAUUCUGAAGAAGCUCGGCCGUGCAAUGAUUGUUGGAGAGACCACCGCCGGGUCCUCCCACCCACCCCUGACCUUUAGUGUUGGCGAGACCGGCGUCUUCCUCAGCAUCCCCACAAUCCACUCCGACACUUCGACCGGGCCAGCAUGGGAGGGAGUUGGAAUCACACCGCACAUACCCGUGGCAGCUGACGCUGCUCUCGGCACAGCCAAGGCCAUUUUCAACAAGCACUUUGCAGGCCAGAAGUAAAAAUCACUACCUGAACAAAGUCAGGGGUCUUUUAAACAGUCAAUUUUGCUCUGGCAGCCAAAUGGUUACAAGAUUUAGAAUUUAGAAACGUUGAUGGAGAGAGGAAUGUAGAUUAAGUACAAAGUUUAAUCUGCUAUUCGUCAUCUCAGAACCUAGGCCUUUUAAGCCUGCUAAUAAUGUAGAGCAAAGGUUCACCAGGAGGAUUUACUUCAAGUUUUAAAAUGCUGUUGAAUCUAACACAAAAUGUUAAAGGUUUUUAAUAUGAGUGCUACUAAGGAGCUGUCUCUUUAAGGAAGUUUCGUGCAACAAUCAGUAACAUCAAAAGAGUAAUUUUUGAGAAGUCACAAAUAUAUGAUUUGAUUUUUUUGAUUGGGACCUUUUUGAUGUAAUCCACUUGUUGGCAAAUGAUGACGUUGUGUAAGUUGGAAACAUUGUGUGUCCACUACGCUAUGUGGGAUUAC